CCGAGAGCUCCCGCGCCGACGAGCUCAACGGGCUCGCGCUGCUCUUCAUUCUCGGGUAACGAGGGUUUCUUCGCUUGCUCUUGCUUUCGUCUCCUCCUGAUCCCCAGGUUCUUUACCUCGUUCUUGUCCCCGUAUCGAUCGUGCUACUCAGGGCGUCGGGCGGCGGCGCGGUGGGCCGAGUUCUUGGGGCCGCCUGGCGCGCCAGGCUGCCUGCCGUUGUGCCGGCCACAAGGGCCGGCGGAAGCGCCGCGAGAGCGCUGAGGACGCGCCCCGCCCCUUCUGCCACCCCGUCGGUUGCUGCGAGAGCAGCCAAGACGCCCCCGACACCUUCCGCCGCACCCCGGGCGGGUUCUGCUGCCCCAUCGGCUGGUGCGAGACCAGCGAAGACGGGCGCCGCCCCUGCCUCUGCACCCCCGGCGGGCUCUGCUGCCCCACCGGCUGUCCCUUCCUUGGAUUGCCAACACGUACAUUGAGAUCGUAAAAUUACUAUCUCAUGGUGGAUGGUCUGCAUAUCUUUUGGAUAAGUAUGCUGAAAAAGGGUGUUCAGACGUUUGCCCUUUCACAGGUAAUGGUGAGUUCUCCCCAGUGCCUGUCCAGAAGCCAGCAGUGGCUGUCCAGUUGCCUGCUGAGGUAGUGAGAAGCAUCGUUCAGAGGGAGAUAAGGAGGAUGCAGAGGGAGGUGCUGUCCAGGUGCCCGCCAAGGUAAAUGAGAAGCAUCAUUCAGAGGGAGACAAGGAGGAUUCAGAGGGAGGUGAGAAGCAGCCUGCAGAUGGAGACUAUGCUUGCUUUUUUCAUGAGAUCGGCAAAAAGGCGUAUGAUUUGCUGUACCAGGACUAUAACACAGGUCUGAAGAUGGUAUCUGACUGUAAGGUGCUUGACACCGCUGUUCUUUUGUCUGAUGGCUCUGAGCAAAUUGGAAAAGCAUCUUUGGGAUUUGAGUUGUCAUCUGAUACAAAGCUUAUCAAACUUACACUUGAUGAUGUGUUGAGGCCUGGUUUAAAGGGACUUCUGUCUAUUCCCGUCUCCUCCCAGAGCUCAUCGAAGGUGGACCUUCAGUAUCGUCAUCUUGGUGCUUGUAUAACUGGAAGUUCUGAGCUUCAGGGAUCGCCAAUUGUUUCGUUUUCUGCUGUGAUUGGCACGAAAAGCAUUGCUUUAGGUGCCGAUGUUUCGGUCAUCACAAAGUCCCUCGAUGCUUUGGGUGCGGUUGAUUCGCUUGAAACCAAGCUCCUGCGGUUUCCUAAGUACACCUGUGGUUUGGUUUUAUCGGAAGGAGAUGUGGGUGCUUCUUUCACAAUUGCUAGGGAAAAUGCCGACGUUCUCACAGCAACUUAUCAUCAUAAGUUAGACGAGACGACGUCCAUUGCUGCCAAGGUGCAGCGUGUUCUGUCUUCGAACGACAGCACUCUUACAGCGGGUUUCUCUCAUUCUCUGGAUCCGAACACAACGGUGAAGGCCAAGCUUAGCAGUGAUGGAGCGGUGGGUGUCCUGCUCCGAUACGGCCCCAAGCCCAAGUGCUACGUCGCCUUCUCCGCCGAGUCCAAUUCCCAAGCGCCUCAAAAGGAUACCAAAUUUGGUCUUUGUGUUGCUCUAGGGGCGUGAGUGCCUUCGUUAGUUUAGGUCAUUGAUUUUUGGUAGUAGCAUGUGAUACAGUAUGUGCUGGUCGAUGAGUCGAAGUCUCAUGGGCUGCUAUUAUACGGGUGCAACUCUCAUGCUCUGCUUUCUGGUCUCUUAUGAUGUUGAAUUGCCUGUAAUGUUCAUCGGCUGAAUACUGCAAUUCAUCUUGGUCA